UACCUUCAGGACCCCGUCUUCUCGGCCCCUUAACCCUCGGACGGCGAGAGCCAUGGCCCUGCCGCUGCUGCUUGGCAACAGCUUCAACCGCAAUGUGGAAAAGAAGUUCCACAAAUCUCAACAUUGGGGCUUUUGCAACAAUGUGAGAAUGCUGGUGAGUGAAGAUAAACCUGGAAUAGGUGGAGAAUUGCUUCCUGGGAAAAAGGUGAAGCCUAAAUACAGUGACUUUCCUAAAGGAAUGGUAAGGACCGUGCCAUCCUGGAUCGCUUUUGAUAAGCAGGUAUUAUCUUUUGAUGCCUAUUUAGAAGAUGAAUUUCCUGAUAAAACUCAAGAAAAGUAUAGAAUAAGAUGCUAUAAAAUCCUCUUCUACCUCGAAGAUGACACAAUUCAAGUGAAUGAACGAGAGUUGAAAAAUAGCGGACUGCCUAAAGGGACUUUUAUCCGGCGUCACCGGAUUUCUCUCCCACCUCCUGAUGAAGAUCAGUUUUAUACUGUGUAUCAUUUCAAUAUCAACAUAGACGUUGUCUUUUAUGGCCGGACAUUCAAGAUUUAUGAUGCUGAUACGUUCACAAAAAACUUCUUGAAGAAAAUAGGAGUCAUAUUAAACCCCCCAGGACAGUGUCCAGAAGAUCCUUACAUGAAGAUACAGAGAGAGGUAAGAGAUUGAUAACAUCCGUGAGUUCUUGUCUUCAGAAUGAGAAUCCAUAAAGGGGACUCAGUCGAGGAUAUCUGCGUUCCAGAUGCAGAUGUGAAAGCACUUUUGGGGUCAUGGUCA